AUGACACAGAAAAUCGCCGACACGUUUCUCGUGGGCCGGGCGCUUUUGAACUUCACGUCCAUGUUCGUGUCGUUGGGCGUGUUCCUCUUUGGCUUUGAGCAGGGCUUGAUGUCGUCGCUCUUGACCAACAAGUACUUCAAGGCCUACUACAAGAACCCGAGCCCUGCGGCGGUGGGUACCAUGAUUGCCAUUUUGGAGAUUGGCGCGCUCUUCUCGAGCUUCGAGGCCGGCAAGGUCGGCGACAAGAUCGGGCGGCGCAGGACGAUCCGCUACGGCUCGUUUAUUUUCGUUGUGGGCGGCUUGGUGCAGGCGCUUUCGCCCGACAUUUGGGUCUUGGGCUUUGGCCGCCUUGUGGGCGGUGUGGCCAUUGGCUUUUUGACCACCAUCAUUCCGUGCUACCAGUCGGAGAUCAGCCCCCCAUCCGACCGCGGCUUCUAUGCGUGCUUGGAGUUCACCGGCAACAUCAUUGGCUACCUGACGUCGAUCUGGGUCGACUACGGCUUUCUGUUUUUGGAAAGCAACUUGCUGUGGCGCAUGCCGUUGGUGUUGCAGUGCAUCAUGGGCGCCUUGUUGUUUGCCGGCACCUUUGUCAUUGUCGAGACCCCGCGCUGGCUUUUGGACCACGACCACGACGUGGAAGGCAUGAUUGUCAUCAGCGACUUGUACGCGGACGGCGACGUCGAGGACGAGAUUGCGCGUGUUGAGUUCCGCCAGAUCAAGGAGCACGUUUUGGUGGCGCGUGUGGAAGGCGGAGAGCGCCUGUAUCGCUACAUGUUCACGCGGUACAAGAAGCGGUUGUCUGUGGCGUGCUUCUCGCAGAUGUUUGCGCAGAUGAACGGUAUCAACAUCAUCUCGUACUAUGCGCCCAUGAUUUUCGAGGCGGCCGGCUGGAAAGGCCGCGCGGCCAUCUUCAUGGCCGGCAUCAACUCGCUCGUCUACAUUGCCAGCACCAUCCCGCCGUGGUACUUGGUUGACAACUGGGGCCGCAAGCCGUUGCUCAUGACCGGGGCUGUGGUGAUGGCGGUGUCGCUUUUCGCCAUUGCGUACCUGUCGUACUUGCAGAACCGCCACACCCCCAACGUGGUUGUUGGGUUUGUCAUUGUGUUCAACGCAGCGUUUGGCGCCAGCUGGGGCCCGAUCCCGUGGAUGAUGAACGAGGUGUUGCCCAACUCCGUGAGGUCGAAAGGUGCUGCCACGUCAACAGCCACGAACUGGCUCUUCAACUUCAUUGUCGGCGAAAUGACACCCAUAUUAUUGGCGUCUAUCACCUGGCGCACAUACUUGAUCCCCGGCUCUCUGUGUGUGCUCUCGUACUUGUGCGUGCGCUACAUGUUUCCCGAGACAAAGGGCCUUACUUUGGAGGACAUGGGCUCGGUGUUUGACGACUCCAGUCUGGUGUUCUCUUUCCACCUGGGCUACGGCGCCACGGACACCAGCUCGACCCGCAACUUGUCGGUCCACGAAAACGAAAAUCAAAUCCGCCCUACCGCGGCCCAGUUGGCCCGGAACCCGGCGUCCAUGCGCUCGGAACUUGACGGCCUCAUCACUGGCACACCUUCGCUUCCGGAGCCAAUCAAACCAGUGCUGUCUGAAGUUCCGUCUUUGCAGGACGAUCUGGCCAUUGAUCCGCCACCUUUGGCAGAUCUCCUUGCGUUUAAACAACGCAAACGCUCGUGGUUGGGACGGGGGAAGUACAAUGCGCUUGCCUCAGCUCCAUGA